CCGCCCGCAACGAAGCUCCAGCGUCGCGCGCCCGUCUGUUCCACCUGCCCCGCCACAGCCCGGAAACUCGUCCGUUGUUGUAACACUCACUUGCAACCAAACCGUCCCAGUCGAACCUCCCUCUUGCAGCUUGCUUGUUUGUCAGCCUCACAGCCCGCGACGGCGCGGGUAAUGACUUGCCAGCCCUACAGGCGGCCUCACCACUGACGCAAGACGUGCACGGCGGCCCCGAACAUCGACGUCGGCCCGGCUGCAAGGACGUCCGCCUUACCCACCAUCGUGCUCGGCGACGCCAUCAUAUCUUCACGACGCCUACAUAACAGGCCCCGGAGACACAAACCCUGACUCAUCUCACACUUGAAUGCCCUGUUUCGAUCUUCGGUGCACAGGCUCCGUGUCGAAAAUCCAUCCAGGCCACGUCCUCGCACAUCAUGACGGGACUAGGCAUUGCGCCCGUUCCCUGCACUCGCUGUAAGACUCGUCGAGUCAAGUGCGACAAACGCCAGCCCGGAUGCGCACGAUGCGAAAAGUCGGCACAGCCGUGCCCGGGCUACAACCGUGUUCGCAAGUUCCUCGAUGAGGGCGAGAACCUGCGUCACAAGAUUGCCAAGGGCACCAACUCACGACGAUCUGAGAGUAGCACCGCCUCCGUUGUUCGGAACGGCACCCCGGUUCAUGCUUCCAGCUCGGUGAAGCAAGACUCACCCAAGCCGCCAUCUGUCCCCUCACCACGGCCGCGCACCGACGACACCAAUGGCGCCGGCAUAGAUCCAGCACUCAUACAUGGGUACAGCCCAUUGGCAGGCGGUCAGCCAAAACCUGAGGACGUCUAUCCCCUCAACGUCCACCCAACUCCGCCUAUUGCCAUGAUCACUCCUCCGAGUUUCUCUGAUCUCGACUUUGAGGCGGCCUACUUCGACAUUGAUCCUCAAGUCUAUUACGCCGACCCCAUCAACUGCUGCCUCCUCAUCCCGGACGCGUCCCAUGCUGAUGACGAUGACUUUGUGGAUGUCACGCAGACGGCUUCUUCUAUGCUCAGCCCCAUUACAUCGUUUGAUCCGUCGAUACAUUCAGGAGGUAGCAGCCUGUCCGCGCCCGAUGACCAGGACGACGACGAGGAGGAGCACGAAGUCUCCCAUCUCAUCCGAUUCUUCGCCGACUUCACCAGCCAGUGGCUUGACAUCUUUGACAUUGAAAAGUUCUUCGGCACAGUGGUCCCCGUGAGAGCCGUUCAUAGCUCUCUGUUGAAGAAUUCACUCGCAGCGGUGGCAGCUAAACAGUUUGGGAGCCUGCGAAAGGCCUCCGGUGCACGCUCACCUCCUCAACCUGGCAGCUACCCUCUUCACGAGCAAAGCCAUUGGAGAUGCUCACUUAAUGUACAGUUUGACAAGUCGGGCCCGGAAUGGUUCUACAAGGCCGCAAGUUUCUACGACAAGGCCAUUGGGCAGAUGAUGGCUUCACUCCAGACAUUACGGGUCUGUUGCUCGCCGGCCCAACCUUUUCCCAACUACGCGGCAGAUGCCCAAAACCUUUUAAAGUCGAGAUCACAGGGAUGGGGAAUCUCGCCGCUUGUGAGCCUUCAAAGGCCCUCAAAUUGCGAAGACGUUGCCGACGAUCUGUUGGCAGCCAUUUCGGUCUUCUUGCUGUACGAAGCGCUCGACAACCGUCAGGCAGAGAUGAUGCAACACAUGAAAGGCGCCCAGUACCUUCUCACAUUGGACACCGAUCAGAAUUACCAGCUUUGCACCGCCACAGACAAGUCAUGUCCCAAAAUUGCAUCUAGCCUCACGCCGACCAAAGCCUGGGUGGCCAGCUUCUGGAAUUUUGCCUGGGUCGACUACGUCGUCUCGUAUACGAGACACACUGCCCCCCAUAUCGAUACUGAAAACAUGUCCAUGUGGAGGGCAGCCGGAUUGCCGCUGUGCGAUUUUGAUGGGCUUCGCAUGCCCGAGACCUUGCGAGAUGCACACAUGUCUCCGCCGCGGCUGAUGACGGAGACGGCGGCAUGCAGGACUCUGCUUUGGAUUGUACUGGAGACGUUGAAAUUUGUUACAUUGGCUGAGAUGGAGGAUAAGAACAUGGCUGCGGAGCAGGAUAGCUGGUCCGGCCGGGCGCGCCAACAUCAAGGGCACGCGCUAUCCUUCAGACGGCAACAUUGGCAUCGUGUCCGCCAACACCUGGAAAGCUGGAAGGUGGCCUUGCCCGUCACCUUUGAGCCGUGCGUUCGCAUCUCUUCACACGGGCAACCUCGACCGGGAUCGUCAACGCCACUGCAACCCGACAUACCAGAACUGUUUUACAGCAGCGCCAUGUGCGCCACCGCCGCGCUCCUUUACCACGUCACUCAAAUCAUCCUCAUGUUGCACAAGCCCGUGGACCGGACAGCGCAAUCCGCCACGAGGCUCUUGCACGCUCAACGACAGACGUCGUCGUUGAUUGAGGAACAUGCUCGAGAAAUAUGCGCCCUUGCGCUGGGGCAAUCAACGCUGGCUGUGAGGAUGCACAUGUCGCGCCCCCUGCACUUGGCGGGACUGUGUCUUCAGACCAAGGAGCAUCGGAAGUUGCUGGUAGAACUUCUCACGGGCAUUCAGAGGGAUACGGGCUACUCGACCGAAUGGACCGUUGACCUGUUGUUACGGGAAUGGGGCUGGUCGGACACCAACAGCACAGACAGCGCGCCAGACGUGCGGCUGCGGCGGCGCAUUUAGAGUUGACAAGACUUGGGGAUACCUUCUCGGCGAGAGUGCAGGCGCCAGUCUGGGCCGUGGAACGGCCACGAAUUGAUGAUGACCACGCGUACAUGUAGGUAUAGAAGCUACAUCAGGAUAGCGGCCUGUCAGACGUGGCAGGUUUGUAAUUGACGGAUGACUUUGCUUUCA